GCUCAGGAGAUCUUUCAUUGCUUACAGCAUGCAGGGAGACUGAAAUGCCGCCAGGCUGCUGGUAUGUGCUGCCUGCAGCACCAGGGAUAUGUAAGCAGCUGUGGAGAAGAUCAAGCCCUUGUGUCCAGCACCAAAAAGCCCUGGCUGCUCCUCCCGUUACCAGUAAAGGUAUACUGGUGCUGCAGGUGAGCUGCUAGGUCCUAAUGCCAACUGUUUCCUUGGGGACUGGAGGUAACAGCAACAUCCAAGACAGAACCAAACCUUACCUUCAACCCAUCUACUUGUCUUCACUGGGAGGUGGCUUGACACCAAGUCUUGUUGGGCAUCAGGCUUUUGGAAAACAUGGGUUUUUGCAGUGGCAGGUGCACACUGAUGUUUAUCUGUGGGAUGCAACUGGCUUGUAUUCUGGAGAGACAGAUAUUUGAUUUCCUUGGCUACCAGUGGGCUCCAAUCUUGGCCAAUUUUGUUCACAUCAUUAUUGUCAUUCUUGGAUUAUUUGGAACUAUUCAGUGCAGGACAAGGUACAUUACAGGGUAUGCAACCUGGCUUGUCUUGUGGGUUACUUGGAAUGUGUUCAUCAUCUGUUUCUACCUGGAGGCUGGGGAACUUUCUAAGGAGAAGGACCUCAUUUUAACAUUUAAUGUUUCAAUGCAUCGAUCCUGGUGGAUGGAAAAUGGGCCAGGUUGCACGGUAACAUUAGUGACUCCUGCUCCUGACUGGGCACCAGAAGACCAUCGGUACAUAACUGUUUCAGAGUGUUUGCUGGACUAUCAGUAUAUAGAAGUUGCACAUAGCUCUCUUCAGAUCUUUUUUGCACUUGCUGGAUUCAUCUAUGCUUGUUAUGUUCUGAAAUGUAUCUCUGAAGAAGAAGACAGUUUUGAUUUCAUAGGUGGCUUUGAUUCUUAUGGCUAUCAGGGACCCCAGAAGACAUCCCACUUGCAGCUACAACCCAUGUAUAUGUCAAAAUAAAUCUGCAUACAAAUAUGAGGAGCAUUCCACAUCUCUUCAUGGAAACAUUCCUUUGGUUUCAAGAGGGCAUAGGUCUGUCUGAAUUUACGGCGUAGAAGCAGAAAAUGCCUUGUCCUAAUAGUGCACAGGUGGAAGUAUUAAUAGAUGUAAUUUCACGGAUCCCACAAUCCAGACUAGGAACUAUUUCAUACCAGACGCUUUGGUGCCCUCUUGUGGAAACAUCUCCAAUGUUCUUUCUUUUUUGCACUGUUAGGCCUAUAUAUAUGACACUUUAUGAUCUAGAUGAACACCUAAAACUGUGAAUAAUAAAAAGUGCCAUAAAGACCUCUCAAGCGAAGGGCAGCAGGACACACUAAGUUGUUUUUUUUAUUUUUUUUGCAGGUGGUUUCUAUACAUCAUGUGCCUGUACUUUGCCUUAAUCCAGCCAAAAUGUCACUGUCAGAGGAAAAUGUGCAGAAACUGCUGUAGGAGUAAUUACUCUCUGUAAGACAGCUAUCAUUUUGCAAAGACUUUUACUAUUCACAAGGAUUGUUGUGCUCUGUGAACUGGAUCUUAUGAUUGGACAGCACAUUUAUGUGCCAUUACCGCUGCAAUGUUAAACCUCCAUGCUGAUCACAGUUGUUUGUUAACCUAAGAAACAAACACAAGAAAAGUUGCCUUUGAGGGGGUUGUUACAUUAAAAUGAGACGACAUCUCUGACAGUAUUUGCAUAGGUGUUAUGAUCACUCCAGUAAUUUAUUUCAAUGGUGUAAAGUGCAAUGACUAUAUAUGGCAAUAUACUGCCCACAAUUAAUUACUAUUUAUAUAAACCACAGUAUAUUUAUUCACAGCAAACUACAGCUUCAUCAUAAUGUCUAUAUGCUACAUAGCCAUCAGUUAAGUGACUUUGAAGCAUUUAGGAGGCAUUCAUGAACAAGCAACUACUUCCAAGGGCUUUGUUUUGCUGUACUUUGGAAGUAGGCAUUUAACGCUUUGCAGUGCAUUGCGUGGUUUUCCUCUGACACCAAAUGUAUAACGUAGUAGGGGAUUUUUUUUGUUUUCUAGUAAUCCACUGAUAAAACCCAGUACAAAAAAAUUCAGAGGAAAAGAAAAAAAACUUGAACUUUAUUGUUUGUGUUUUUUUUUAAUGUAUUUAGUACUUUACAAAAUAAAAGUGGACAUUGACAGAUUUCUAUACAAGAAGAUAAAGUAGACAUAGAACUAACAAAUAUUUUAUACUUACAGUUGAAGUACAAUAUAGUGUAUGUGAGUGCUUUUACUAUGUGGAAGAAGGAUUUUAUUUUGUGAAUAUUUUGUGAUGUCUGGAAAGUUGGUUAGUGUUUUAGAAUUGCAUAUUUAUUUCUUCCUGUGGUUGUGUGAAUAUAAAAAAUGUUCUUUAGCUGAAAAAAUGAUACUGUAAUGGGGGAAUGUAUUAGUAGUUUGUGUUUAUAAAUUACCGCAAAAUAUAUACUUCUUGGAUUUGUACCCUUUAUUGAAAAAAUAUUACUUUAGAAAUGAAUCUGUUAUAUUUCAAUUGCAGCAAUUACUACAUAGCUAAAUUUGAGGCAUGCCAAGAGAUUAAGUAGAAGACGCUGGUUAAGUUAAUGUGCAAUUGUUGUUGGAAUGCCUAUGUGUAUACAAAGCUCUUUUUAACGGUCAGUCCCUGUUUGGCCGCAUGUUUUUCUCCCAUAUUACACUAUAUCUUUGUUCUCCUUAAAGUGGGUUUAAAAUAUUAUUUACUUAUUCUAGUUCCUAUAGAUUGAGAGUUAUGCAAUAAAAAAUACACCCUGCAUUGAUUUGUGAAAA